AUGCUCAGCGUUCAGCUGCCAAUCCGACUGCCCGUGGCAUCUGCGCCUUUGCCAAGCACACUUGUGCAUGGAGAAGCGCCCGCUCGGGGCCGCGGAAAGAUGUCGCUGGCAGUCGGCGGCGUAAGUCUCUGUUUCUGCAAGGCGAUCAUGCAGAAGAAGGGGCGUGCCGCUGCUGCUGCUGCUGUGCGCGUGGUUUGCCAGGCCAGUGAUGAGCCCCCUUCCAUGGCUCAGACUGCGAUGCGGGGCCCCUUGACCGCAACAGGCUCGGGCAAACCGCUAACGGCCGAAGAGCUCGAGGCUUGCCGUGAGGAGCUUGAGGAGAUCAAAGCGAAGUAUGGUCUUCUGGAGCCGGAGCGCGCCCACAUGGAUGAAGAAGGCAUCAAGUGGCGUUAUGGAGGAAAGCCUGACUACUCUCUGACAAACCUCCUCUAUUUGAAGGGAAAAACCAAGAACCACCCCGAAGGAUCCCUUGAGUUGAUUGUGGAGAACCUGGUGAAGACGUGGGAGAUGGAACGCUCCCACAAGACCGAUCCUGAUCAGCAUCGGUCCGUUGACCCGGAGAAGUUCCACAUCUCGGCCAAUGGAUGGAAGAAGUUCGACAACAAGGAGGCCAACCGAGUCGGGAAUUACAACGUCUUGCUGGCUGGUUGCCCUGCGGCAGUCUAUGACGCCGAGAACAUCACUUGGGAGCAGUCGCAUGACAAGUUCCACGAUGCCUUCGCCGCCUUCCCCUGGGAAGUUCUCGAGGUCUUCUCAGGGCCGCCCUGUGUGGCCUUCACUUGGCGCCACUGGGGAGAAUUCACCGGGACCUACGACGGCAACAAAGGAUCCGGUGAGUUGGUGGAGAUGUUUGGAUUCGGAGUGGCCACUGUGGAUGAUCAGCUUCGCCUGGUGGACGUGGACAUCUUCUACAAGCCCGAGGUCUUCUUGGAGGUCCUGCGCGGCAACAAGACGCCGGAGGAGCUCAAGGGGGCACAAGACCUCGUGGGAGCUGGCUCCGUGGAGGGGUGCCCCCACCUUGCCACACUCCAGGCCAAGGACUCCUGA